CAUUCAAAUUAUUUAUAGAUAUUAGUUAAUCUCAUAUGAAUUAGAGGGAAUGAUAAAUAAGAUAAACCUAGAAAAACAAAGAGGCCUAAUCUGAAGCGCACUAAUAAAAAGCAGCAUCCCGUUCCGUUAUCGACUAACGGCAACGUUAAUUGUUGGCCCUGGAAAGUCACAACAUCUGCCAACAAAGCCGGCGCGAAAAGGCAAAUUGUGGCGGAACACACAGCUUCCCCCACCACCGACGCGGCCGUUGUACGCUACUUCUUAUGCGUUAUGCCCCCCUCCUUUUCCAUUUUAAUGACAAUACCAAGGCACUCGUUAUCUGCAACUAUACCCCACUUAACAACACAAUUACUUCUCCAUUCUUAUUAUUCUCUCUACUAGAGAGAGAAAUUAAAAAUUCAAGUGAGAGAAAGAGUCCCCCACUCCUCGUAAAAGGAAAGUAACGUAAUCGACGCUUUCACGAGAUUCGUACUUUCCCACAACACAGUGAGAGAAAUAUAUAUAGACAGAGAGUAACUAGAAAGCAAAGUUAGCUUUAGCUUACGCCGUUUCUAGAAUAUAUAUACACGUACACUGUAUAGAAGAUCCUAGAGAGAGGAGAGAGAGAGAGAGAAUUGAUCAUCUACAUUCCGUGUGUAUGUGGCAUUCAUCCUCUGUAAGGUAUACACAUGAAAGAGCUGAUAUUCGUUUGUUAAUCAUGUGAAAAACGUUCCAAUGAUUCACGAUAUAAUUCAGAAUUGAAGAACUGGAUUUUUUUUGUCAAAAUCACGGUAUAAUCGGAUUUGAUAAGCAUAAUGCCAGAAAUUGUUGGAGUACAUGAUCACGAACGAACGAAGAGAUAUUAUUUUGAGCCAUCUGAGGACGAGAAGAGAAGAACUCGGAUCAGAUCUUUGAAGAAAAGGGCAAUGAAUGCUUCCACAAAGCUAACGCAUUCCCUCAAAAGACGUACUAGUAAACGAGUCGCUCAUUGCCGAUUUGCUUCCAUUUCCACUGAAGAUUUUCGAGACGAGAAGGAAGAGGAGGCUGUGAAUUCAUUUCGCCAGGCCUUGUUGGAAAAGGAUCUCCUUCCCACUCGUCAUGAUGAUUAUCAUACUAUGUUGAGGUUCUUAAAGGCAAGGAAAUUUGACCUUGAUAAGGCCAUGCUAAUGUGGUCUGAAAUGCUCAACUGGAGGAAAGAACAAGGAGUAGACACUAUUAUACAGGAUUUUGAGUAUGAGGAAUAUGAGGAAGUUCAGCGUCAUUACCCUCAUGGUUACCAUGGUGUAGACAAAGGGGGACGGCCUGUCUAUAUUGAAAGACUUGGCAAGAUUGAACCUACUAAACUUAUGAAUGUUACCACAAUAGAAAGGUUCUUGAAGUAUCACAUCCAAGGGUUUGAAAGGACUUUUGCUGAAAAAUUUCCAGCAUGUUCGAUUGCAGCUAGGAGGCAUAUAGAUUCAUCUACUACAAUUUUGGAUGUUCAAGGACUGAAUUGGAGGAGUUUUGGGAAGCUUGCCCAUGAUUUGGUCAUGCGCAUGCAGAAAAUAGAUGGCGACAACUACCCAGAGACAUUGCACCAGAUGUUCAUUGUCAAUGCUGGAAAUGGAUUCAGAUUUCUUUGGAAUACUGCUAAAGGAUUUCUUGAUCCAAGGACAACAGCGAAGAUACAUGUAUUGGGAAACAAAUUCCAGAGUAACUUAGCAGAAGUCAUAGACCCCAGCCAAUUGCCAGAUUUUCUUGGAGGAACCUGCUCAUGCCCAAAUCCAGGUGGGUGUCUUAGGUCUAACAAAGGACCCUGGAAUGAUCCAGAACUGAUGAAGCUGGUCCUUGCAUUACAUGGUGAAGCGCUUUAUCCCAGGAGAAUAACUAGCUUCUCUGAUAGUGAUAUCGAAAUCAAACCUGUUUCGCCUCAGUUAUUAGGCGACGAGAUUGGGUCUGCAGAAACUGAAAUGGAAGUGGGGGUCUCUGCUUACAGUAUCAUCCAAUCAAAACCACUUUCUGACAAAGGACCAACCAGGAGAUCUGUUUCAUUCGGCAAUUUAAUUCAAGAAGAUCAUGGGCCGAUGCCUACAGCUGAGGAUUUAAGUUCUCCAAAUAGGGCUACUGUAGCACUACAACGAAGGUCGCCUGAGAAAUCUAUCGUUGGCUUGAUGAUUGAUAUGAUGGUCAAAUCACUUGCAUGGAUAUAUUUCUUGUUUCGUGGGGUGGGUAGGUUAUUUGUGAAGAACAAUGAUGCAAACAGAUUUGGAAACGGGCAGAGAUCAGUGAGUGCAAGUUCUGCCGAGCAAAUUGUUUCUUCCCCGAAAAAGGAAGAUCUCCUCCAUCCAUGCUGUCAGAGGUUGCAACAUUUAGAGGAGGUGGUGGCUGAUUUGUUGAAGAAACCUACAAAAAUUCCUCCUGAAAAAGACCUUAUGCUGCUUGAUUCAAUGGACCGAAUAAAGUUCAUAGAGUACGACUUGCAAAGGACGAAGAAGGCACUUCUUGCAACAGCAUCACAACAAGUAGAGCUUGCUGAAUCAUUGGAAUCUUUGAAGGAGAACAAGUUUAAAGCGACAAACUCAUGUUGGCUGAGAGGCAAGCCUUCUCAAUACAGAACUUGAUUUGGGUGGAAACAGCAGUGAUGUGGUUGAGACUUGUCAACAAUUUGGAUUGGACCCCCAUAUAUACUUGAGAUACGGAGCUUUGCAGGCUAUUGAGUUGGUGGUCAAGUUAGGCUUGCUAGAGUGUUGCACUCUGCCUCAUUUUUCUUUAGAGGCGGGAGUGUGAUGUUAUAGUUGGAUUACACAAUCAUAUUUGUACAUAAUUGAUGCGUGAGCAACUAGUUCUGAACAUCACUCACAUAUUUGCUGUACAGAACAAGGACGGAUUUAAUGCAUAGCUAACAGAUUCGUUGUCUAAGAUUCUCAGAGACUUUACUUGAGCGAAUUGUUGAACGAUAUUUUUAAAGUAAUAAUUGGAUAUUUAUGUGUGCUCUUCUUGAA